AUGAAUCCUCAUUUUGAUCCAGUCCAAAUAAUUACUGAAUGUUUUAAGCUCUCCAAUUUAUUUGAAAUGAUGCAUAGUGGACAGGGAAAUCAAAUUCAAACUGAAGAAGAGCUGGAAUUAAAUGUUGUUCUCCCAUUCUUAGUAUUAAAUGCUAAAGAAUAUAGACCAGUUUUCUCCAAACUUAAAUCAAAACCAUCAUUUCGUAUUCAGUCAAUGAUUGCCGUACACCAAGCUCCAAUAGAACCUAUUCCAGAUGAAGCUCCACAACAAAGUAUCGAUUCUCUUACAGAUGGACAAAAAGUUGCUUACCUUAAAAGAGAUCUUGAUAAACAAACUAGAGGAGAACCCAUUGAAUUAUUUAAUUUUCAAGCUUAUUCUCGAUAUUUAGCAGAUAUCUUCCCAAUCUUAUACAAUAGGUUUAAAGCGGAAGUCCCAUUUAUCACAUUCGUUACAAUCCUUCUAGGUAUGGAUGAAACAGCAAUUUUAUCAACAUGUUUUGCAUUUCCUCAUUUCAUUACACCAUUAUUCAUGAGAUUAACAAAUCAAAUCAUCAGAAUCAAGCUUGCCGUUCUAGCUCCACAAUUCAGACCCAUUUUAUUACAGCAAUUAGUCAUUGAUCCGAAAACUCUUUCAGUUCUUUACGUUCACUACUUUGGAAUCAACUCUCCAAGUUUACUACUUGAAAAAUUUGAUUGCAAUUUCCAACCACUUACAGAAGCAAUUGAAAAAUUAUUAACAAUCAAAUGCGACACGAAAGCUUACUAUCUUUGCAUUGCAAGGAUGUGUGCAUGCUUAAGAAGCAUGAAUGAGAGCGAAGCAAAAGUUUUAAUAAAAUGUCCGGAUACAAAAUUUCUUUGUUCUCUUUUCUUCUACAUCCAUGUUUUCCCACCUACGUACAUAAACACAAUUAUCGACUACAUGUGUGCGAAGAAAGAAUCUUUUAUUGAUAUGAUGUUAUUUUUCUCGAAUUUGUACUUUGACAACACAGAUUUAGUUGCUCAAUGGAUCACAACUUAUCUUGGAAAGAGUUUCAACACCAUUUCGAAAGGAACUUUCUUCCAUGAAUUAUCUUGUCGACCAAAUCUCCCAGAAUAUGUGAAGAAAUACGUUGACAACCAUCCCAAAGCACUUUCCAUCAUUGGUAGUACACUCUCGCAGUCAGGACCUGAUGAAGUUCGCGAACAUUUCGCCAGAGCAAUUGGAUCUCUUACUGAAGUCACUUCCAGCGACUUUGAAUCAAUCAACAAGUUCAUGCAAGCACUUUCACAGAACGCAGACCUACCAGAUAUCAUCGAAGAGAUAGUUUCCGACAAACCAUUCUUUGAUGUCCAAUACAUCAAGAAGAAUCCAGCCCCUGCAACAGCUGCAUGUCUUCUAGUAAUGAUGUUGAAUUCACCAAGAAAGAGAGAUAUGUUACAGCACAUUCCUGUCCGAUUAAUUCUUUCCGCUUGUUCGAAAUACGAAGUUUUCUUCAUCUUUUGCGAUAUAUUGAGGACAUGUUUUCCAUUUGCUGAUGAUGAAAGGUUCCUUUCUCUUUCCAUGGAUGAUAUUACAACUCCUCGCCAUCCACGUGAAGUUCUCGAGGACAUAAGGAAUAAUCCAGACUCGAUUUCCGAUGAAUUAUACGAAGAAUGGUCUGCUUGUCAUUUCAUUUCAUCUUUUGACUUUGUUCUUGCGACAUUGAAGAAUCUUGGAGCUCCCAUGAGAUUAACCAAUCUCCAAUUUGUCUUCCAGCUGAAAGACAGUGUUCUUCAUCAUAAGAACUCUUUGAAAAUUGUUUUGACAUGCACUUUGGAUAUAAUUCAUGGAGAUGAAAAUGUCGAAGAAGCAUCAGUUUGUGUUUGUUUAUGUGAUGCUGUUGAUAGAUUCAGCGAUUCAAGGAUAGACAGAGAAGUUCUUGGUUGGUUUAUUUCCAUUUUGAUUCGUGCUCCAAAGAGAUUCAUUCUCAUUUUGAGCAAAGAAUUUCCUGUUUCUAUGUCAAAGAUUUUUGCAAAAUACAUCAAAUUGACUGAUAGUUUAGCCAAUGAAUUAUUGAAUGGAAUUAACACGUUUACUCUCUCUAGAUAUCCAACUAUUUUGUCAUUGAUGAUUGCUUAUAGUGAGACAAAGAACAAGAUCAUUGCACAGGCAGUUUCUUACGCUUGCCAAAGAUUGGAAGCUCAGAAAGAAACUAAUUUAGAUAAAGUUGAUACAAUUUUGAUUGUUCAGAUAUCAAAGAUGCUUUGUGAAUUGGCACAGAUAUAUCUACAGUCUAUACAAUCUGUUCAACACUUGAUUUUGACUUUCCAAGACAGAUACGCAACAAUUCUCUCUUCUCAACAAAAACGAGAAAUGGAUGAAACAUUAAAUAAUUUGACUGCUUCAUUGUUCAAGUAUAACCUUUAA